AUGGCGCGAUGGAGCAGUAUCAUAACAGUGUCUAUAAAUUCGCUAACCCUUCUAUUAGGACUCUUCCUUUUGGGUAUGGGCGGGUGUUUAGCCGUCCAUCACGACCGAGCGCCCUGUUUAUCUCUCAUACGAUCGCCUUGCCUUAAAAUAGGUGCCAUACUCGUGGUCGUAUCAUUAUUAGGUCUACUUGGAAUGUGCUGUCGUUCUCCUUUCGUGUUGUGGCUCUACUUGAUUAUCUAUUUUAUUUUAAUCAUUAUGGUCGCGGUUGGUGGUGUGCUUUGGAUCAUGGUUGUGAGCAAAGGUUAUGUUCGUCUUGAUAUUGGGGAGUCUCGUAAGCUCAACGAUUUCACCUUUUGGUUUCAAGAUCAAGUAAUAGGCAUCGAGGAUUGGUCCAAGGUUAAGAAUUGUUUGCUCCACACAGAUAUUUGCUCGUCUGAUAACCCCAAGAAAAUUUUCUUGUUUUCGGAUACAAUUAAGGUUUGUUGUUCUACACUGCUUAAAUUGUUAUGGUCCACAAGAGAUAACAAAAACUCCAAACUUGCGGAGUUCGCUUCAGCCGCACUCAGUCCCAUCAGUUGCAGAAUCUUAUCUUAUUCUUUUUCGAGUGGGGGACUCUUUGGCCGCGCUCUCCUUUAUGGUUGUGACCGACCUUUGUCUGCACUAAACUCCGCCACUAACCAGCCUGCUGGUUUGAAUAGGCGUAAAAAGCCUCACUGCCUUGGCCCAAAAAAUCGGCAUAAACAAUAUGCUGUGUGGCUGUGUAGUGUAUAUCAGUAUAUCAGUGCAUUUUGUGUAAUAACCCGAUCUUAUUCUCGCUUUACAGCAAGCAGUUGCAGCGAAGGGUUCAUAAGCAAACUCUCAGAGAUAUGGCAAAACUUGUUUCCUGGGGUUGUUGCACUGCUUGUUUUUCUCAUCAUUGUUUUCAUUUUCGGUUGUUUGGCUUUCAAACAGAUUAGAAAUGAUCACUAUAAGAAACUUUACAACACUGUGAAGGCUUGA